AUGUCCUCAAAUACUUUCCAAAAAGGAUCUCAUGUUCUAGUUACUGGUGUGAACGGAUUCAUUGCAACUCAUGUUGCGAUCCAGUUGUUGCAGGCUGGAUACAGAGUCACUGGAACUGUCAGAAGCCAAGCUAAAGCCGAUGCCCUACAUGAAUUUUUCCCUGCCAAGUACGGAAGUGAUAAAUUCAAAAUUAUCAUCACAGGAGACUUGGAAAAAGAAGGCGCUUUUGAUGAAGCUGUUAAAGAUGUGGAUGCCAUUGCUCAUGUUGCUUCACCGACCAACUUUAAUCCUGAAAACCCGAUCAAGGAUGUCGUCAAUCCUGCUAUUAAGGGAACAAUCAAUCUUCUGCAAUCCGUACUUAAGUACGGCGAGGACGUCAAACAUGUCGUAGUCACUUCGAGCGUCUCUGCCAUCAUAAAUCCAAUGGAACAAUCGCCAUAUGUGUACACUGAAAAGGACUGGAACGAGAUGGCACUAGGAGUUGUUAGCCAAUGGAAGGAAGGAGAUCCUGUCAACGGUCUUCUGACUUAUGCAGCAAGCAAAGUCGCAGCCGAGCGAGCCUCGUUCAAGUUCCAGAAGGAAUUCUCCCCAAAAUUUACCAUCGACACUAUCUUACCUGGCACCACUUUUGGUGCCAUUAUUUCUACACCCAAGUCCGCUAAAGACAUAACUGGAACAAGAUCCCAUGUUACCGCCUACUACAGUGGUCUAGCAACUGACGUAACAACUUCCAACGUGUUUCAUCACUAUGUGAACGUCGAAGAUGUCGCUUUGGCGCAUGUUCUGGCUAUUGAAAAAGGCUCUGAAACAAAUGGUGAGCGAUUCAUCUUAGUCGCUAGAGGAUUCACUCUCCAAGAAACUGUUGAUAUUCUGCGCAAGCAUUACCCCGAACGCAGGGAAAUUAUUGUUGAAGGCACUCCGGGAAAAUAUCCUACGCUUACUCAAUUGAUUGAUGGCAGUAAGGCUACUCAAAGACUAGGCAUUGAGUACACUAAUUUAAAUGACUAUACUAUAAAGGACACCGUAAUGACUUGUGUGAAAGCAUACUUUAUUGAGUUGAAGAGGUUUGCGUAUGCUAGCAAAAGCUUACUAAUUGUGAUCAAAACUUUGGUCAUUUGGUGA